GAGUAUUGAAUCUUUGCACCUUUUUCAAGCAAAAUUAAUGGAAGUCUCAACAUCACAAUUCACAAUUCACAAUUCACAAACCAUACAGUCGGUUCUCUGUCUUUCUCUCUUAAACCCGAAUUUCUUCUUUGCUCCCCCAAAAUCCUAACAUCAUUACCUGUAUUUCACUUUUUUCCCUCUCUUUCUAUCUGCCCACUUCCAUCGAGUGAUCAUACACUCAAUCCUUUGCAAUUUGCACCUAGCUGGGUGAUGUAAAUAAGUUGGUGAGUCGAUUUCCAUAUUGGCAAGGGUGAGGUGACAAGACGAGAGGAUGAAGGGGAGUGUUUUGGGACUGAAGGUUACAAAGCUCUCUUUCGUCCUCAUUACAUUGGUUUGUACUUCCUUUCUUUUAUGGGGAUGGGAUAAAGCGCCUUCUCUUGGUUCGAUCUUUCCCCAGAGCCAAUACCUUAAAGUUUCUUCAGAUAUAUUCACGGGAUCCCUUGAUAAGAACAGUUCAUCAAAUUCAAAGCAGGUGGAUGCCAAUAACUUGUCUGAUUCAGCAAACAAUGAGACAUCAGAUAAACAUGAGGAGGGUUAUAACGAAAAAAGCAAUGAAGAGGACGGAAAACUAUUAGAGGAUAAAGUUUUGAUUUCGUUUGUGCCAGCGGUCUCUCUGAAUGAAAGCUCAUAUCGAGUAGACAAGAAAAACUGUGAUUAUUCUAAAGGGAAAUGGAUUGCGGAUGAUAACCGGCCUUUUUAUUCGGGAGGUCGUUGCUUGCAAUGGCUGUCAGAGAUGUGGGCAUGUAGAUUGAUGGACCGUACUGAUUUUUCAUAUGAAAAGUUCCGUUGGCAACCAAAAGAUUGUGAAAUUGAAGAAUUUGGCGGAAAGAAAUUUUUGAGAAGGAUGCGGAAUAAAACUUUGGCUUUUAUAGGGGAUUCGCUUGGCAGACAGCAGUUCCAGUCUUUGAUGUGCAUGGCAUCCGGUGGUAGAGAAAGGCUUGAUGUCAUUGAUGUGGGUCGGGAAUAUGGUCUUGUCAGAGCUCGUGGUGCUAAACGUCCUGAUGGAUGGGCAUACCGUUUCACCCGCACAAAUACAACCAUCCUUUUUUACUGGUCUGCUUGUCUUUGUGACUUGCAGCCUCUCUCAUCUAAUCGUAAUUCUGAAAUUGCGAUGCAUCUUGAUCGACCUCCAGCUUUCCUUAGACACUUCCUUGAUAGAUUCAAUGUUGUAGUUUUGAACACAGGGCACCACUGGAAUAGGGGCAAGUUCGAUGGAAAUCAUUGGGUAAUGCACGUGGGUGGUGUACCCAACCCGAACAAGAACGUGGUAGAGGCAAAGAAUUUCACAAUCCACCAAAUAGUAAAUUGGAUGGAUUCUAAGCUCCCAACUCAUCCGAAAUUGAGGGCUUUUUACCGUUCUUUGUCUCCCCGACAUUUCUUCAAUGGAGAUUGGAAUACUGGCGGGACUUGUGACAAUAUCAAUCCACUUUCCAAGGGGAAAGAAGCUGUCAAAGAGGGGAGUGGUGAUCAAAUGGCUGCCAUGGCCGUAAAAGGGACAAACGUGAAGUUAUUGGACAUUACAUCUCUUUCCGAGCUUAGAGAUGAAGCUCAUAUAUCAAGGUACACUGUUAAACCACGAGAGUCAACCGGACAAGAUUGCUUGCAUUGGUGUUUGCCGGGGAUUCCUGAUGCGUGGAAUGAAAUCCUUUUUGCGCAGCUGUCGGCUUUAGGUAGAUUUUAGUGAAAUUAGUUUAUAAUCGAUGACUAAGAUAACUCCAAAUGAACAGACCUUUACAUCCGUACAUCAUCUCUUCGGACAUCAAGGUCUUAACUUCAGGUCAGUAUAAAUGCCAGCAGCUAAUCGUUGUGAUGCUUUUGCAACAAUUUCCUCGUCUUUACUCAGAAUUUUCGAUGGUUGCAAAGGAUAGACAUUGCUUGGAUAGAAGAAACUCCGGUGUCGGAAAUAGAUGUCUGUGAAUGGCAAAUUAGCAGUAAGAGUACCAAAUUGUUAGAUGAUAUUACAGUCCUCCUGAAUUUGUUGGCUUGUUUAAAGGGGAAUUACACAUUCUUCCCCUUUAGAGGCCUCAUUUGUUUUAGAUGAUCAGAUGGCCUUGUACCAAUAAUAUUACUGAUAGAUAUGUAUACAGAUUACACUAUGAUCUAUUGAUGUACCUAUUUCAAUUCUUUAGUUGAUUGAAAAAUAUAAUCUCCUUUAUCUGAUGGGGCUAAAGAUUUAUGUUUCUUUGGUUUUAGAUUGUAGUGAAUAUAUUAUUAAAUUUACUUAUUACCACGUGUACUCGUAUUAUGAGUAUUUGCAGAUGAUAUUUGCUACUAAUGAUCAAUCGAAAAUAAUAGCGUUCUUA